AGUGUUAAUGGGGUCUUUCAGGAAUCUCAAAGAUCAGCUUCAAGAAUGACAGAACUCGAGCCAUUAGCAAGCUCAUCCAAAAGUAGUCAUCCAUCAGACGUGAGUGUCUCCACAAUCCCGGCUGCGGAGGAGUGUGAGGAGCAGCACUACAUUCCUGCUUGCAGCCACUGCAGGAGACAUGAAACUCAUGCCAAUAACCAUCUGAAUUCCCUCCUUGUCCUGCUGUGGACUGUCGGCCCAAGGGUGUGUUUGCCCAGCAAUGGGUGAAGCUGGAAGUGACUCCACCAGCCCAAGUACACGGACAGCAUUGAGGCAGCAGUUCACGGGAGAUCAUCCUCUCCACAACUGGUGCUAGAUGAGAAACAAAUCAGUCUACUUGGUAAUAUGGAAUACCUCUCACAUUGUCUUUGAGAGGAAGAGCUGAUGAUGGACUGUCCACAACAACAACACGAUAUUGGAUUGGGUAUUUUUUUAACAAGGGCAACAGAUAGUGCCAAUGUGACACAAGAGGAUGAGGAGUAAAGCCUCUAGCUCCUUCUCCACUGCUUGUCACCUUCUGCAGACCUCAUCUCCAUGAGACAGCCUGCAGGUACACAGCUGUGUUUGAAUGGGACAAAGCGUGGUGAGAAAAAGACAAUUCCAUUUGCCUCAUGGAAGGUUGGGAUAGACUCCAGAGUGAAUUCCUCCUGAUAACUCCUACUGGAUAUAUAUUCUACCAACACCUAUGGAAAGGACCAGAACCACAGGAUUUUCUGCCCUUCUAUGAUGUAGAAACCAGCAAUAAAUUAUUUUGAUUACAAGGCCUAAUAUAUUAAUAGAACAUAUAAAACUGUCUUUUUAUUUCACUGUAUACAAUUUGCUACAGCAACCUACAGCCGUCCAAGGUACUUCAGCUUCAGUUCCACAACUCAUGGGUCACUGAGAGAUGCUCCCCGAGCUGAGGAGUCCAUGUGUCACCAGCACCUUCGUACCAACAGUGUGGUGUGAUGCCUUCAGAGCAUUCCACAACUCCUUUAGCAUAUAUUGAGCAUCUGAAGCCACAGCGGGGAGAGGCAGAAGGUAUCCCUGAGGCUGACUGUCCCCACAAAGAGCAAGUGACCACCUUUGGGGCAAGAACUUGGAGAGUGGUUGGGCUGCACAGCAAGUUGGAGCAUCUCUACAGGGCUUUGUCCAGAUACAUCCUCCUGUCCCAUUUUGUAGUUUGGGAGUGAUUCACUACCCUGGCAGUCCACUCUGCUGCCCACGCCCCAAGGAGGGGCUUAGUGCCAAAGCAGGGAUCCCCAAGUCCCCCCCAGAAUAGUGAGCUGUGACUUCUUGCCAUGUUUUCUCUUGCUUCUGUUAGUGUCCUGUAAUUAGAAGAGGUGUGAUACCGGUGCUGCUGUCAUCAAUUUACACUGAUUUUCAGGAAAAUGAUGAGAGGGAGGAAACCUGGAAGUUUUCUGCUGCGCUGUUGAAUAUGGGAAUAUAAAACUUUUUUAUCUGAAGUAUCUCUGUCCCUCUUCCAAAUUGACAACUUCUGAAGUUAGAACUACCUGCUACCCAAAGCAGCCACUUCUCCUUUCACUGUGCAUCCUGGAGGGGAAAAUGAAUUUCACAAAUUGUACCACUGAAACCAGUGUGGCUGCAAAGCCAAAAACUGUAACUGAGAAGAUGCUUGUCACCCUGACCUUGGCCACAAUCACAACCCUGACUAUGCUGCUGAACUCUGCUGUAAUCGCAGCAAUCUCCACAACCAAGAAGCUCCACCAGCCUGCAAAUUAUUUAAUAUGCUCGCUAGCUGUGACAGACCUUCUUGUUGCUGUCCUCGUCAUGCCCUUGAGUAUCACUUACAUAAUGAUAGAUAAGUGGACUUUGGGAUACUUCAUCUGUGAGAUCUGGUUGAGCGUCGACAUGACCUGUUGCACGUGUUCAAUUCUUCACCUCUGUGUUAUUGCUCUGGACAGGUACUGGGCUAUCACUGAUGCCAUCGAAUAUGCCAGGAAAAGAACAGCAAAAAGGGCUGUGUUGAUGAUAGUCACCGUGUGGACCAUCUCCAUUUUCAUAUCAAUGCCCCCUUUGUUUUGGAGAAACCACCACAGUGUCAGUAUUCCCAGUGAGUGUCGCAUUCAGCACGACCAUGUCAUCUACACUAUUUAUUCCACAUUUGGGGCAUUUUACAUACCCUUGACUUUGAUCCUGAUCCUGUACUACAGAAUCUACCACGCUGCGAAGAGUCUCUACCAAAAGCGGGGCUCGAGUCGACAUCUCAGCAACAGGAGCACCGACAGCCAAAAUUCCUUCGCCAGCUGCAAGCUCACACAGACGUUCUGCGUCUCGGACUUCUCCACCUCCGACCCCACCACAGAGUUUGAUAAAAUUAAUGCAUCCGUGAGGAUCCCUCCUUUUGAGAAUGACUUGGACCUGGCUGGUGACCGGCAGCAGAUUUCCACCACGCGGGAGCGAAAGGCUGCUCGCAUCUUGGGACUGAUUUUAGGGGCUUUCAUUUUGUCCUGGUUACCCUUUUUCAUCAAGGAGCUUCUCGUGGGCCUCCACCUUUGCAUUGUCUCUCCAGAAGUAGCAGACUUCUUGACCUGGCUGGGAUAUGUCAACUCCCUCAUCAAUCCUUUGCUGUACACGAGCUUUAAUGAAGAUUUCAAGCUGGCCUUCAGAAAGCUCAUCAGGUGUCGAGAACAUACUUAAAAGUACUGGGAGAUGAUGAUGAUGACAUGACUCCUGGCCUUAAGAACGAGCAAAAUAAUUUGACUGUUGUCAUUUCCCUUGACAAAGGGGAUUUUGAUGUUUGCCUCUUUGCUUAACUCUCUUCAGUCAGUAAUUUGUUCUGCUGUUUUUUUACGUAUUAUUCACAGUAAAAAUUUGAAAUAAAUUUGUUCUACAAAGGAAUGGAUUUUUUUAGCAAUGAAACAAACAGACAAAUAACAACAAGAAAAUAUUAGAUAUUCACACUUAAGGCAUUUUGUGUAAUCAAUGAUUCAAGAAGGAAACAACAAUAUUCACAUUUCUUUUAUACUUUUUUCAUUUAAGAAUUGAAUGUCUAACUUGACAUGCACUGUAGUAAUAUAAAGGCUUAUAAGCUGAAUCCAGAAAUUCAUGUUCAAAAAUUAAUAAACUUCAUGGUCAUGACAACUAAACAGAAAUGCUUUACUGUGGCAUUUUGAGAAAACUGUAACUGUUUUUAGAAGGAAAAUAACCACCAUUACAGCAGAAUACGCCAUUCUAUUCUUAUCCCCACAGAAAUGCACUAUCGAAACAGAAGGCAAAGUUCAUUUAAUUCCUUCUAAAAACAGAUCUCAUUUUGUACUCCAAAGUAAUCAUUUAAGUGACCUUUUUUUUUGCCCAGUUUCCUGAUUUAUGUUAAAAGUAUUGAACAGAAACUGUGCAGUUUUUUUGGCAACUGAGAGAAGCUACAAGACACAGCUAGCAAGUGUCACACUUGUAAGAUCAGCUGCACACCUGAAUGGUCACCUUUUUAAUUCUGCUGUUCAAUACUGCAUUCCUUCAGGGCUCAGGCCAUGUGCCUCGGUCAGUUGUGAGGUGGCAUUACCCAGUUUUUCCCUACUUCUCCUGGACCUUGCAGUGCACAACCCCAUGGAUCAUCAACCUUAACCCACAGACUCAGGCAGCUGAAUGUUUUCUCAGCAGGUCAGUAAAGUACGGUGUUCAGAAAUACCAUCUGAAAGAAAAAGACAAAUUACUUUGUUUGAACUGCAGCAGCAGAAAAGAAAUAAGGAAAAUAACUUUUUAAAAAUAGCACACUUCGUCUUUCAAUUUGUAACGGCAUUCUUGUCACUUAACCUAUGAUCAAACCCUCUAGCGGAAUUACUUGCUCUGGCUGUUCUCCAAGGAGUUACUUCUCUCAUCCAGAUAGAGUCCUUCAUAUCCUUUCUUCUGUGUUUAUGGAAGCUAAAAUGCCUUGGCUCAAACAGUUUGGAAAUGAGAGUGGAAAGAAGCAAAAUCAAAGCUAAGAAUCUGGCACUGACCAUUAGUAACUCCUAAAUACUGCUGAAAUAUUGAUUACUUAUCUUGCCACACAAUUUUCUUUCCAUUUUUUUCUGGACAAAUUCUUUUUGAAUUAAACCAACAUACCAUAUAGAAAAUAUCACAUAUAUCAUCCUGACAUGCAGUAACUGAACCACAGCAUGGCAGCUCUAAAUCCAUCAAAACAGAUAUUAGAGGUAGCAAGAGUGUUGUAACAGCACUGGAAGCCAACUCUGGAAAAUGUUUUGAAAAUUUACAACACAGAGUCAUUUUUCCUAUCAAGAGUCCAGGAAUUAUAAGUAAUGUGAGUAAUAAACUCUGGGUGGAGCUGAGAAAUCACAUCCCUGUUUCUGAGGGAAACAAGGGUUUGGUUGGAAAGAUGCAGUUCUGCAAGCUGAGUGUAAAUCAGAUCUGAGGGUGACAAAAGCUGACCUACUGCUUACCCACAUUCAGCAGGACUCUGCUUCAAGGACUACAAGUUUUCCACACCUGGAUUUAGGAGGCUUAUCUCCAGCUAUCCUUCUGAAGCUAUUGUCACUACUGUCACCUCCAUCUAUCUUUGUUUCCCUGGUAGCUAGCAUUAAUAUCUAAAAAGAAGGAAAAACAGUCAUCUCAACCACUGAGGAUAUCUUCCAGUGGGGAAGUCCAGAGACCCACUAUGGUUUUUUAUUUUCACAGUUUGAUGGAGAUGGAAAUUGUCCACUGAAGGUGGGGAUCCUGCCUGUAAAACUCCCAAAGCAGCCUCACAGAACACAUGUGCUGUUAGGGAAAAAAUAACCAAAUGCCCAAAAUGGUGAGGGUGAUCUCCAAAAUAGCUGCUGCUGGUAGGGAGAAACGCUUCCAAGAGUGGCAUGAAAACUGUAAAACAGACAAGCUGCAUCAUCUUCAUUUCUACUUAAGACCUUCAUGUAUCUGAUCUCCACUAUUAUCACUCAGGCUACCAAUCGGUGUCAGGUUGAAGACCGUUUAAUUUUAAUAUCUAGAGGUAAUGAACAGGGGAAGAAAACAGAUGGAUGGCUAAUUUUUGUGCUUCCUUCUUAAAUACUCCGCAUUCACUGUCAGCUGACUACUGCUUUUGUAGUUAAAUCUUUAGUUAAACACAGAGCUAUGCUUUCUAACAAACGUCACUAGACUGAUGAAGAUGUCUUUUAUGUUUUUUCCACACACAAAGCCAGGAACAGCUUAAAGGACUGCUGACUUACAACAAUUUAACUUGAUCAGAAAUUACCUGCCAUCUGAUGGAAAUAAAAACCUUUGCUAGUCCGGCACCAUUACUUGACAAUCUCAUUUUUUUUCCAUGUUAAGAAUUUGUGGAUUUUAUUAAAGGUUUAGACAUUUUCCAAGCUUAGACUUCUUUUCCACGGAAACUCCCCAUUUAUUCCUAUCCUGGGUUAAGCCACACCACGGCCUGCAAUGCAAGGUCUUUCCAGCAAGUUCCUAAUGAAACAUCCAAGACUUUCACCUGACAUCCACUUUCCUUAGCCACUCUGAAAUAUCUUUUCUCCCCAAAGUCUUAUUUUCCCUAAAAAUCCCCUUGCUCCUUUCCUAGCUCUCUUCCUAUCAUCUCCCUCUAAAGGUCUCUUCCCAAGCCCAUCCCCAUUCUCAGCACAGGCUACAUAUACUUGCUUGCAUAACUCCUCUUCAUUCCUUCAUACUUAUUUCCUCUUAUUUUACACCCCCAAUUUCCCAUCUCUCCAUUAAGUUUCUGACUCUUUAAUUCCCAAAUUUAUUUUUGUCCUGCUGGAGCAAGAUCUACACUCUGCUUCCAUCUUAUCGCUAUUUCAGUGCUGAUAUCAGCAUUCUUGUGAGCUUGGAUAUUCAAAUCUGCUGCUUUUUAUUAUCUCUUACAUGUGCUCCACAUUUCCAGAGCGUAUUAUUCUCUCUAUUUAAGCAGCCAGUUCUUUGGAGCAAGUUCGUAUAUCCCUACUCCCAUUGAGCCCCUUUGAGAAUGGGGGUUCUCCACCACAGUGAUGCACUGAGCUGUUUGAAGCAUGUGAGAUUUAUGUUGUUGACCUUCCUGUAUGCAGAUGGAUGAUGGAACUGAACUCUCCAAAAUAAUUUAAAACAAAGUCCCCGUAUCACCAAGUGUAUACUGAAAGGGCUGUCACUUUUUGCAUUUUACUGCCAUGUGUGUGAACUGUGCAGUUUUUCAUAGUUGCUACUUCUUUUUUUUGGUACUGCCAGCAGUCCGUCCUUUGCAUGUACCAGAAGGAAACAAAAAAGCUUCAUUUGUCAUGAGAUGCUAAAAGAACAAAGGAAUCUUUUCUAAUGACUCUUCAUGCUUCUCUAUUUUCAACUUCAGUCAUCAAAAAGUAAAUAGGAUUGCAGCACUGGGAGGAAAAACAGGCCUCCAGCACAAGUGGAGAGACUGUUCUUGUGCCUUGUGUCCUCUCAUUAACCAUUGCAAAUAUCAGUGAUGGACUGUUUAAUGUUCAUCUUUUACACACCCAAAUGAUUUGUAUGAGAAAUUAUGUUAAAUUGCUUUGUUAUUUAAGUGGACAUAGAUAUUGUGAUAUCUUUUAUUGGUGUAGCCAAUAUAUUACAAGUUGUAUUUCAUAAGAGUCACAUGCAACAUACAUAUUACCUUUGUAACUGCUAUCUGUUUACUCUUCAGGCCAAAAAAAA